AUGUCGGAGGUCUCUGUGAUUCCCGCGCCACCGGGCGUCGAGGUCAACUUUGACCAUCCGCGGCAGCAAAAGGUGCUGGAGCACUAUCUCAUCUUCGGCAUAGGCGGGACGCUCGCCUUCAUCGCCAUCUGCCAGAGAUUCUACACCAAGCUGUUUCUAUCAAAGGGCUUACAAAUUGACGACGCGUCAAUCAUUGAGGGUGGCAUGUGUGCCCACGCUUGGGAGAUGCCCUUAUCUAGAUUCGAGCGGUAUUCCGUUACCACAUUUGUGACAGCACCGGUCUUCAUGCUAUGUAACGGGUUGACAAAACUGUCUCUUCUGACAUUCUACCUUCACAUAUCACCUCAAAAGUGGUUCAGAGUUGCUGUGUGGGCAGGCAUCGUUGUUGUGUCUCUCUACACCGGGGGCAUCGCCAUCCUCAUGCUCUUCCACUGCAACCCCGUUAGAAAAGCGUUCGACUUUCACGUUACGGGCGGGACCUGCUUGAAUGUUGGCGUACUCUACAUGGCGACGGCGGUAUCAAACAUCAUCACCGACGUCAUGCUGUUCGCCCUGCCUAUUCCUAUGAUCUUCAACCUCCGCAUGAAGUUGGCGCAGAAGAUCAGCGCUGUAUUUGUCUUCGCCAUCGGCUCAGUGACCGUCGCCACAUCCAUCGUCCGGUUGACUUACCUCCCUCGGCUCUUAUCGAGUCUCGACCCAUCGUGGGAUGCCGCCCCAGCGAACCUUUGGACAUUCAUCGAAGCCAACCUCUUCGUACUCUGCGGCUCGAUGCCAACGCUUCGGAAGUUUUUCAAGCACUUUGCGCCGAGAAUCAUGAGGUACUCGACGAAUCCGUCAUCAUAUAUUCACAACAACUACCGAGCGUCCGGGUCUGCCAUGCAGCGAUCCAACAUACCGGAGAACAGGCAGAGGAAGCAAUGCGAGCAGUUCCCGGACGAGAACGCAUUGAAGACUUUCAACUCGGAUCGCACCAGGGAAGAAGAUGUUGGGUUCACAUCCGUGGUUGUCGCAACCGGAGAAAGGGCCAGUGCGGACGGCACGAACAAAAAAGCGAUAUUACAGACCAAGACGAUUACAAUACAGCGUGACUAG